AUGAAUACUCUUUUAAUCGCUCCAGUCACUGCUCAGGAAAUCAAGCAAGCUGCCUUUAACAUCAAAGGGGACAGUGCCCCUGGUGCGGAUGGUUGGACUGGUGCGUUCUUUCAGCGAUAUUGGUCAAUUGUUGGCUCGGACAUUAUCAAGGAGGGUGCUUUUGUAGCAGGACGUCUGAUAUCAGACAACAUCCUGAUUGCUCACGAGAUUGUGCAUGCUCUCCAGACUAAUGCAAAAUUCAAUGAGAGUUUUCUUGCAAUAAUGACUGAUAUGUCCAAGGCUUAUGAUAGAGUGGAGUGGGAAUUUCUGGAGCAUCUCUUCUGCAAGAUGGGUUUUCAUGGUCAAUGGAUACAAUGGAUUAUGAUGAGUCAGCUGCAAGGUCGUUUAACAGGCUUUAGUUUCAAUAAUUUGUAUCCUGUGGUGCAACACCUACUCUUCGCUGAUGACAGCCUGCUCAUCAGUCGAGCCACAAAGGAGGAAUGUGAAGAGAUUAUUCGUUGCCUUCAGUUGUAUGGGAAGGCGUCUGGCCAGUUAAUCAACUUCUCCAAAUCGGCUGUAACAUUUGGGAAGAAAACAACGGAUGAGGUAAAACAAAUUGUCAAGCAGACAUUGAAUAUACUUGAAGAAGGAGGCUCAGGCACUUAUUUGGGAUUACCAGAAUGCUUCAGGGGAUCUAAGCAAGCUCUGUUGGGUUUCAUUGGUGAUAAACUGCAGAAUCGGCUUCAAGGGUGGUUUGCUAAUUCUCUGUCUUUGGGUGGUAAGGAAGUUCUUCUGAAGGCUGUUGUGAUGGCACUCCCAGUUUUUGCCAUGUCCUAUGUUCGGUUGAGUAAGAAUCUCUGCAGGAUGCUUACUAGUGCUAUGUGCGAGUUAUGGUGGAGUAACUGUCAGGGUAAGCGCAAGAUUGCAUGGGUGGCGUGGAAGAAACUGUGCAAAUCCAAAUCAGAAGGUGGCCUUGGGUUCAAGGAUCUUGGUGAUUUUAACCAGGCAUUGCUAGCCAAACAAGCCUGGCGGAUUUUGAAUACUCCGGAUUCUCUGCUUGCAAGAUUCUAUAAAAGCAGAUAUUUCCGCAAAUCGACGAUCCUGGACUGUGGUAAGUGUACAAGGCCUUCGUAUGCUUGGAGGAGCAUUAUACAUGGUCGUGAAUUGCUCAAGCAAGGAUUAUUGAAGAAUAUUGGUGAUGGUCAUGAUACAUCGGUUUGGCUGGACAAGUGGAUUUUUGAUAAGCACCCCCGAGCCCCCUACAGGUUUCAAACAAUUUUUCAAGUUAACCUGCGGGUGUCUGAUCUUCGGGUGACUAAUCAACCCCAAUGGGACAGGGAGAAAGUGCAAUAUCUGUUUCCUCCGGGAGAUGCAAGCCAAAUCUUGGCUAUGCCUCUAAAGGUUGGUAGUAGAGAUCGUUAUAUAUGGCCUUAUACUAAGUCUGGGUCCUAUUCUGUGAAGAGUGGGUAUUGGUUGAAGCAGACGUUGCCGACCCUUUAUGAACCUCGGGAUGAUGUGUUGGCUAAGCGGAAUGAGCUUAAGGCGCAUGUGUGGAAGCUGAAAACAGUUCCAAAGAUAAAGUCCUUCCUGUGGCGAAUGCUAUCUGGUGCAUUAGCGGUCACUGAACAUUUAGCAUCACGAGGACAGGCUUUUGCCAUGGCUAAUAUUCCCUCUCCAAGUGGCGGGUUUUCUCCUGUUUAUGUUGAUCAAAACUGGGAACACUUAUGGUCUGUAAUGCAGGAUGACACGAUACCAGGAGAGGAAAAGUCUCUGCAAUGGAAUGCUGUUCAGGCCUUACCAUCAUAUGCAGAGCAGCCCAAGUGUGUACAACAGGGUAAACUAGAGGUCAAAUGGUGUAAGCCCCCGAUGGGAUUUAUUAAAUGUAAUGUGGGUUCAUCAUGGAGGAAUAGCUCUUGUUUGUCUAGUGGUGCUUGGAUCGUGAGAGAUUACCAAGGCCAGGUUUUAUACCACGCUAGACAUGCUCUGACUGCCUCUGAGUCACGUUUUCUUGCGACACUGCGCACCUUUCUGUGGGCAAUAGAGGCGCUUUUGAUCUUGCAGACACCUAAAGUGGAGUUUGUAAUAGAUAAUGCUCUGGUUAUCGAGGCUGUUAAUAACCCCACAGGUUGUCCACGGUUUCAUCUGGUUUUAAAUGAGAUUCUCAUGGCCUUGUCUAAGUUCUCUGCGUGGAGAUGCUACUCAGCUGCGAGUUCUGCUAACAAGGUUGCGAUGGCGAUUGCAUCGAGUGUCACAAGGGAUGGUCGGUUUAAGUCUUACCUCUCACUUGGAGGGCCUUCUUGGCUUCAUGAUCAAGUGAGGAGCGAGGGGUUAUAG